ACAGUGAGUGCACAAAAUUGAAUUGAAUUCAAAAAAUUGAAUCAAAAAAAGGGAAACAAAUUGAAAAUGAGUUCAAAACAGACACCAAAUGAAUGCAGUGUUGAGUCCAAUGACACGAAUCCAUCGCAACUGAUGGCCACCGAAGACGUGUUCAAUGGCACCGAUUUGGAGAGAGAUCUGCUUCUGAGUGAAGAGCGUCUGGACAGAGCGUCGCCCGACCUCUGGCCCGAACAGAUUCCCGGAGUGACCGAGUUUUUGGCCAACUCUUCGCCGCCAUUGUUCGACACGAAGUCUCAGGCCAGUGAAUGGUUGACGGACUUAGACCCGGAUGACAUAAAUAUGUUGCACGGCUUCGGGUCACUGACCGCGUCGGCACUCCUCGAGAAGGUGAAGGAACUGCAGAACUUGUCCUAUCAGUUGGGACUGGAGGAGGCGCGUGAGAUGACCAGGGGCAAGUUCCUCAAUGUACUCCAGACACGACCCAAACGUAUCAAUAAUAAUAAACGAUAACUCAUUCAUCGCUACUAUUAUUCACAUCUCUAUAUCCCUU